AUGUCGGCUACAGUCCUAGAGACAGUCACUUCACAAGACCACUCACCAACCAAGGUGGAUAUCACCAAGUUUCCAGACGGGUUCAAGACAUCUGGACAGCAUCCGCCCGUCUACUCCCAAGUGCGCCCGUAUUCAGAAUUUCCGAAAGUCCACGGCGGUCCAACGGUCUGGAAAGCGGAGGACUACCGCCAAAAUCCUGAACUUUGGACACAUCAGUUCAAUGAAAAUGAGAUCCAUGAGCUUGGCACGGCGGCAGAUAUCUUCAUCGAGAAAGAUCUGCCUUUAACGGGAAUUUCGAAGCAAAAUUUCUCGCUUCCCAAUCUCUCCAAGCGUUUGGAAGAUCUUCGCCAGGAUUUGAUUAAUGGAAAGGGCUUUUUCCUCUUCAAGGGAAUACCUGUACGACAGUGGGAUCUUCGCAAGUGCGCCACCGCAUACAUGGGCCUCGGUACUUAUCUUGGAUAUUUUGUGAGCCAGAAUGGUCGUGGUCAUGUGUUGGGACAUGUUAAAGACUUGGGCGAGGACCCAACUAAAACCGAUCGAGUUCGGAUCUAUCGUACCAAUGCUCGUCAGUACUUUCACACAGAUGGCUCGGACAUCGUAGGGCUUCUUUGCAUCGCGAAAUCUCUGUCAGGUGGUGAAUCAGACAUUUCGUCAACGCAUCAUGUGUUCAAUGUGCUUCAAGAGAGACAUCCGGAUGUUGUUCAGACUCUCUGCGAACCAAGUUGGUAUUUUGACCGCAAAGGCGAGCUGUCUGAAAGUGAAGAGCAGUGGAUCCGGGGCAGUAUCUUCUAUCUUGAAAAUGACCGGGCCGGCGACAAUCCUCGGGUCUACGCUAGAUUUGACCCCAUGAACGUCACCUCGCUGUCGCGUUUUAACUCAGGGCCAAAUGCUGUUAUCCCACCUCUCUCGGAUAAACAAAAAUAUGCAAUGGAAAUCUUCGAGAAGACCUGCGCUGAGUUGUCAUUGCAUAUGAUUUUGGCCCCGGGAGAUAUUCAGUUCGUCAGCAAUUCGCAUGUUUUUCACGCCCGUACUGCCUAUACCGAUCACCCUGCAAACGCCAUUGAUGACGACGGUCAGCCCGCGCGUCGACGGCACUUGAUGCGACUCUGGCUUGCGGCCCCAGAGUCUGAAGGUGGAUGGCGACUUCCAUAUCACGACACGCUCGAAAAGAAGCGGGGUGGUAUUCAGGUGAACAAUCAGCCUCCCGUUUGCCCAUUGGAUGCAGAGUAG